CUGUGCGUCACAGCGUCACAGGCCGGAGCGGCGACCUCGCCGCCGCCGAGAGCCGGCGCCAGGCGCCGCGAGGGGAAAAACUCGCUGCGUCAUGCCUUCCGCCCCCCCCCCGCACACCACACCACACCACACACCCCCCUUCACCCGCCGCACCGCCGAUUGGGCGGCGCCGCCGCAGCGCGGGCGGCGAUUGGCCGAGAGCGGCAGCUUGCGGGUAACUAGACGGCGUUCAAAGAGAGGGGGCGGGGCUGACGAGCGAGGGCGAGCGGGGACGGGGAUUGGGCGGAGGGAAGCCUGGCAGCGGCGCGUGCGCGCGGCCGCCUCGUCGGUCCGUUGCCCGCUCGCGGGCUCCAACGGCCGCCGCGCUCCUGAGGGGACAGCCGGCCGCCCUCCCGCCCACGGCGGCCGCCUCACAGGGAAGGCGGCUGCACGACGAGCCGGUCAGUCGGAUCCGGCGCUGCUCCUGAGUCGGUUCGUGUCCCGGAGGGCUGCGGGCAGUUGGCGGCGGCCGGCUUGCCCUGUCAGGGCGGUAGGCCCCGGGCCGCGCUCGCAACCUCUCUUGCUGGGCAAGGAAACGCACAGGGAAGCACAGGAAUCAGUCACGUGUUUUACAGUCCUGCUGGUUGAAAUAGAAUCCAUUUCUGCAGUGUCUCACAUCCUCAGGACAGAUAUAUACGCUAUUGAACAGGCUUUUCAGCAGAGUCACUGGGGAAGCUUACUGCCAUCUCCAUUUGCAGCAUGCUCCUGUCUGGGGAAAGAAAGGGAGCACCUGGAGCCAUUGCUGUGCUCUCAGAUCUAUAGGUACUGCUUGCUGCCUGUCCAAAGGAAAAAAAAUGUACAAGAACUUGAUUUUAAUGAUGUUUUAUUCAUUCUUUCCCAUGGCUGAGGCCUCUCACGAGCCAUGCAAA